AUGUUUAGAAGAGUUGCCGUGAGAACGAUUAGAAAGUACACGUCGGAGACUGGCCGUGCAUACCAAAAUGCCGGGUCGCAGUUUGCAACGGGUUCGACUUACAAAAAGACGAGACGAUGGAUCCCCUGGUCCAUCUUUGGAUCCAGUUUCUUGCUCGGUUGGGUGGCCACUCAACACAUGACUUUCACAGACUUUAUGGCUUACUGGAGGUACGAGACGUUACCUGAAUCGGCGCCAGAGGUGGUCGAAUAUAAAAACAAGUUGCUACAGAGACUGGACAACUUGAGUGUCGUGAAGCAAUUGAAAGGUGCUGGAUAUGUCGAAGUUUUACCAUCUCAGAAGUCCUCUGGGCAGUUGAUCGACCAAACUUUAAACAGUCCGGGGGCCAUUGCCAUCCCGCCAAGAUUCUAUUUCAACCCAAAGACGAAGGAGACUGUAGGUAUUUACCAUCUAGGGAUGAAGCUUACAGGGUAUCCAUUUAUCGUACACGGUGGUAUCUUGGCCACUGUUCUAGAAGACUUGAUGCGAGAGAGUGUCAAAUUCAAUAAGGAUAAGAACAGCGAGAAAACUAAGGAUAUCUCCAUUUCCUACAGGAUGCCGACUUUUGCCAACCAAUUCGUAGUGGUAAGAACCACUAAAUUGGAAACCUUCGGUAAAAACAUAAAGCUACAGGCCGAUAUCAUGGAUCAAUCUGGCAUGCGUUUGCUAGUCAAGGGGACCGGCUCAUUUUCUAUAUGA